CUUCUACCCUAUCGCUCCUGAGUCAUCUCACUCGACACCUUCUCUUAUUGAAUUCUAGGAGGAAUACCAGACACAUUUGUUUUGGUCAGUGAUAUUGGGAAUUAGUAAUUGUUGGAUAUAGUAUAUACUCUGCAGGCAGAACAAGUAUCGAAAAUGUUUACCGGAAUCGUUGAAAUGAUUGGGGAGGUGAAGGAGUUUAUUGAGCAAGAUACCUCGGACGUCGGAGGAUACGGAAGCUCGAUCGUGAUCACCAAGUGUGAGCUUAUCUUGUCGGACGUCCAUCUUGGAGAUAGCAUCGCCGUCAACGGAACCUGCGUCACCGUCACCGACUUCAACUCCACAGACUUCAAGGUCGGCGUCGCGCCCGAGACCCUUCGACGCACCAACCUCGGCGAGCUUCGUCCGGGCGACAAAGUGAACCUCGAGCGCGCGGUCGCGGGCCACGUCCGGUUCGGCGGCCACUUUGUGCAGGGCCACAUCGACACCACCGCCGAGAUCCUCUCGAUCACGCCCGACGGCAACGCAAAGACGUUUUGGUUCCAGCCCAAGGAUUCUGAGAUCCUGCGGUUCGUGGUCGAGAAGGGCUUUAUUGCUGUCGAUGGCGCGAGUUUGACUGUUAUCGAUGUCGACGAGGAGGUUCGGAAGGGGUUCUCUGUCAUGCUGAUCUCGUACACGCAGGAGAAGAUCGUGACUGCGAGCAAGCCUGUCGGCGCGACCGUUAAUAUCGAGGUUGAUUUGAUGGGCAAGUUGUUGGAGAAGCAGGUCACCCGGCAGAUCGAUAACCAGCUCAAGGGGCAGCUGAAUAACACCCUCGGAAGCAUGAUUGACAAGGCUAUCGAUGAGAGAAUGAAGCAUAUCCGUUAAGGUGGUAUUGAGAUUAUUUUGUCUAAAAAGUUAUGCGUUAGGGGAAGAGGUGUUUAAUGAUGUUGACGUCCUUUCUCUUUUAAUUGUUUAUGGGUGUUUUCUGGCUGGUAGCUGUUUACAGACUAAAUCUAAUCCAAACAACUUUUAAUAUUUAAUAACUAA